AUGAAAGAAUCACUAUCGCUGCAUGAGAAGGUCAGCAUAAUGUCGAGUGGUGGUGGCGUUGGAGGUGGGGCAGGUGAUUCCGUGCUAACCGAUAAGAAGCUGAUCCCGAUCACGCAUUUGCCAGUGUGCCAGAAGAAUCCAUUACAACCGAUCGAAAAUACCGCCACCAUGGAGUUGCCGGUACAGUCGGUCUGUGGUGGGACGCACCCGCCAGCCGGAGGAAAUGUGGAAGCAGUAAUGUCGGUAUCAACGUCACCAUCAACGCCGGAAAUGACUCGGAUCUGUCUGGUGGGUCCGGUUGCACAGGAUGCGGCAACGCUGGCAGCGGCACAAAGCCUCAAACUGCCGAUCGUGACUUCCGACACCGGUGCCGAGUACAUCGGGGAUGACGACAGCAUCAGUACCGUGUUCGUGCUGAGCGACUUCGAAGGCCCAGUUUACGACGCGAUCUAUAAGGCCAAGCAAAGGAUUCUUGGACCGCCGGCCUUACAGCAGGCUGUAAGCUUUAGUGAAGGAUUAGUGUGGAAUAAUCGUCCCAUUUACAACUACUGCAUGCGUGGCGUCAUUACAUGCUUUACCGGUAUCCGAAAGAAAGAUGAACUGACGCAUCUGGUGCAUUUGAUUCAUUCGAUGGGCGGAUCGAUUAGGAAAGGCAUGGACACGAAGGUUACUCACCUGAUUUGCAACUCCAGUGGAGGAGAGAAAUAUCGAUACGCGAUGACGUUCCGGUUGGCAAUAAUACGUCCCAAUUGGGUGCUGGAAGCGUGGAAAAAUCGCCACGAUCCUAACUUUUCCGCGACAAUUGAAACGUUCACGAAGCUGCACCGUUUAAAGGCGUUCGAAGGGCAAAAGGUGUGCUUUUUCGGGUUUCCAGAGGAGGAACAGCAGCACAUGAUCGAUGUAUUAAAGACAAACGGUGGCAUUCCGACCGAUCUGGAAGAUCCCGAAUGUUCGCAUGUGGUUAUGCCGAAUAGUGGGGCACAUUUCAUCGAUGCUACCAUGGCCGUAGAGAGUGCGUCGCCGAAGAAAGCAGCCCAAGAGAGCAAAGAAAUGGUUCCAGAAACAAAUGGUCAAUGCAUUUCCGAUGAGCAACAGGAGAUAAUGCAUCAGCAGCUGCCAGAGUGCAACAGCGUCAAAGAACUCGCAGUGGAACGCGAGGUUAUGAGUGUGGUUUUACCAGCCCUACCGGAAGAGAACGAAUCGUCAGAAGGAAUGGCAGUAGAGCCGGCAGGAAACGGCAUACUAACACACACUCGUCGCAAUAGAGGCGAUCACAUGCUAAGUAUUGCGGAAAACGACAACAAUCAGAAUCAGUGUACGGAGCGUAGCUCUCGUUUAACGAUGGAUUCGAGCCCACCAAUGCCGUACAUCGAUGAAGUGGUAGAAAGAGGAGAUCCUUCCACCGGUUCGUGUGCAACGGUUCGAACAGCCUGCCCCACUCCAAAGCAGGACGGAAUCGUACUGACAUCGGCCGAAGCAAACGAAUUUCUAGACCCAAACAAUCUUUCACCGAUUCUAAAAACGGGGUCCGAACGUGGUGGAAUGGUUGACGAAUCGUUCCGUAAAAUCGAUGAGGAGAACGAGAAUGAAGAUAACGAUGAUGACGAUAUGGAUGAUUACGUGAUCGCCAGUCGGGAGGCGUACAAGCGCAAACGGCCAGAAGAUAGCUUCGACGAUCCUUCCCUCCUAUCGGUUGACAUUUCAAUUGCAUCGAACGUGUACGGUGGAGCGAUCGUUGGUGGUUCGGCCAAAAAACCGAAGCUAACCCGUACGGGCUCGAUUACGCGCGGUAUCCGGCGUAGUAUGAGCUUUGCCGCGAUAAAGACACCGAUCAAGAUGCUACGCUCACGGCGUAGUUCGGUUGAUCCGAACGCAUCCACUGCGUCGAUCAACACGAUCGAAGCGACAUUCAACGAAUCGAUCAAGAAACCGGUAAAGGAGAAGUUGCGCAGCAUUAGGGAUAAGAUUACCAAGAGCAGCAAGAAGGAUACGCCGAAGACGAUCAAGAGCAAGGGUUUGAUAACGCCGGCCAAUCUGGACAGCUUGAAGAAGGUGUGUAAUUUCAAGUCGACGGAUAAAGUAUCGAACGGUAGUGCAGGUGUUGGUAUGCACACACCCGAACACUGCAAACUGUCGGAUCGCAGUGAGGUGGACUUUAAAACACCGGUAGCGCCAAAUGGUUCCGCAUCGAAAAUUGUUACACGUAGCCGGGGCAAGCUUGUUGGAAAUGGUAACGCUUUUGUGAAAAACACAACGCUACAGCAACGUCACUCGAUUGCAUCGAUUGGUGGAGAAUCGAACACCGACGUACGUGUGGAGGAAAAUGGCUUGACGCAGCUUAACGAAGAGGAAGCUACUGUAACUACAACACAUGCAGUAUCAUCAAUGACGAUCGAUGAUGGAGAAGUCAUCGUCGGUACCCAAUUGGAAGAUGCAGAAAUGAUGCCGGUCGUAGACGAGCAUGUCGUUCAAGCGAGACCGGAAACGAAGAACAAAAACACACACAUCGUCAAGGCCGAUUGGUUUUGGUACACGAUCCAGGCAGGCUAUGCGAACGAGAUCGACUAUCUGUUUGCGGAUUAUUUGGAAAGCAUAGCUCACACCCCGGCGGUGGACCGGCGCGAUUCAUUGCCGGUAAGCUUCAACAAGCGCAAACGGAAACGUCUGUCCCAGCGCACACCGGCCGACGGUGGCGGUACUCCGCUCGGUGUCGGUAAGCGUCGAUCGUCCGUGUCGGAUGCCGGGUUGCUGUCCGUAUCCGGCAGCUUCCUGGACUGUACCGCCAGCCCGGACAAGCAUGAGAGCAGCAAGAAGAACAUAAUUCCCGAAGCGACCAAACCUUCCAACGAGCAGCCGGCAAAAACGCAGUCGAUGAGGCACAACCAUUUUAUGGACUUUUUCCACACGGAAUCGAACUACGUUGGCAUACUGGACACGAUAGUGAAGCUGUUCAAGGAACCGCUCGAGGAGAUGGUCGAGAGCGAGAACCCGCUGCUAAACAAGUCGGAACUGCGGUCAAUUUUUGGCAACUUUCUUCCCAUACACGAUGUGCACAAGCGUAUGCUGGAUCGGCUGAAGAUGAUACACACGAGCUGGUCGGAGGAGGUACUGAUCGGUCAGAUCGUGCUGGACCAUCGGGACGAUCUGCUGAAAGCUUACCCACCGUACGUGAACUUUUUCGAGCAGAUGAAGGAAACGCUCGUCCAGUGCGAUGCGAGCAAUCCGCGGUUUCAUGCAUUCCUUAAGAUCAACCAGGCAAAACCGGAGUGUGGCCGACAGUCACUGCAGGAUUUAAUGAUACGCCCUGUGCAACGGUUGCCCAGUAUCAGUUUGCUGCUGAACGACAUAUUGAAACACACCGGUAAAACGAACCCGGACCAUAAAAAGCUGGACGAUGCGUUGAAAGCGAUCAAAGAGGUGAUGACGUACAUUAACGAGGAUAAGCGCAAAACGGAGGGACAGAUGGCAAUGUUUGAUAUUUUCAACGACAUCGACAACUGUCCGCCUCAUCUCGUGUCAUCGCAUCGAAGUUUCGUGUCGCGGUGCGAGGUAACGGAACUGUCGGAUAGCCUCAGUGGUCGGGGUGACCCGUUGGUACUGUUUCUGUUCAGCGAUACGCUCGAGGUUUGCAAAAAGCGUUCCCGGGUGUUUAACAACGUCAAGUCGCCGAACACGAACUCGUUGAAUCUGACGCGUUCGUCGUGCGCAACCACGAAACCGUACAAACACGUGAAGCUGAUGCCGCUCAGUACGGUACAGCUGGUGGUCAAUGUUGUCGAUAGUCCGCGCGCGUUUAUGUUGCACUGCCGCGAGCCGGCCCAGAACGCGAAGGAUCGCCAGUACUCUUUCAACAUUGCGGACGAGGAGCAGGACAAGCUAAUCUAUCUGAAGAGUUUGUCGAAACAGAUGGCCGAGAAUGCGUGCCGGACGGAUGCGGGCCACUUUCUGAUCAACAGCACCUCGGACGAGGUGGACAUUGACGUGAGCGACAUUAAUGUGGGCACGCUGUCGAAAGCGUUCAAAAUUGCUUCCAAGACACGGAUGAAGGUCGGUCGGGUGUUUUCAUUCAACAAAACGCCAUCGAAGCUGAAGCGAACCGUUUCCACGCUGAUGCCAUCACCGUUUGGUAGCACGCAGUCGCUAACGCCCGCUUCCCAGCUGGCACAAAUGAAACUGGCAAGCUGUACGAAUUUAAAUGAAGUUGGAGAGGAAGCAGCCGAAUCGAAUGGGUCAUCCCCGUCGUCGUCCAAGGUAUUGGUAGCACCGAUGUCCGUGCAGCCGACGCGCAAGAACAAAAAUCCUCCCAUAUCGAUUGGAACCCUUCGACCUCUAUAG